GACCCAUUUGAAAUAAUUAUUAUUUUAUACUUGGCACUUUUCAAAAAGUCCAAUAUGGCUUGUCCAUUUGCAUCGAACAACGACUCCGAGGAUACAAUGGGCAGUCUCAUGGAGCACGGCGGACAAAAUUACACGUCUUACCUGCAGCUUCACAAAAUCCUGAACGCUCAACGCCUCGAGUCGGAAGCUGAUGGUCACAAAGUCCAUGAUGAGCAUCUCUUCAUUAUCAUCCAUCAGGCUUAUGAAUUGUGGUUCAAGCAAAUCAUCUACGAAGUGGACUCGGUGCGUGAAAUCUUCAGUGUAGAGGAAGUCGAUGAGCGCAAGAUGUUGGAGAUCAUAAAACGCAUCCACAGAGUGACCCUGAUCCUCAAGUUGUGCGUGGACCAGUUCCUGAUCUUAGAGACGAUGACUCCUCUGGACUUCAUGGAGUUUAGAGAUUAUCUCUCACCGGCGUCAGGCUUCCAGUCCUUCCAGUUCAGACUUCUUGAGAACAAACUUGGCGUUAAAUCGGAGCACCGUGUUCGGUUCAAUCAAGAACAUUACAUGAAAGUGUUCGGUGACCACAAAGAGAACCUCCACCGGAUACAAGAAUCGGAACGUGAACCUUCCCUUCAAGAGCUGCUGGCCAAGUGGCUAGAGAGGACUCCAGGCUUGGACUCCAAAGGCUUCAAGUUCUGGAAGAUGUACAAGAGGGCUGUGGAUGCCAGCUUGGCUGCUCAGAAACUCGAGUUCGAUCAAGAGAAAAUCGAGGCCAAGAAGAAGCAGCUGCUGGACGCAUGGAAGAAGCGUCAGGAGUUGUUCAAUUCGAUCUUCGACACGAGCAUCCACAACGCUCUCGUGGCUCGCGGUGAACGCCGUCUGAGUCACCAGGCUCUUCAGGGCGCCCUCAUGAUCUCCUUCUACAGGGAGGAACCGCGCUUCAACCAACCCUACCAGCUCCUCAACCUCCUCAUGGACGUCGACUCCCUUAUGACCAAAUGGCGAUACAACCACGUGAUGCUGGUGCAGCGCAUGAUUGGCUCUCAACAAAUUGGCACCGGGGGUUCCUCAGGCUACCAGUACCUUAGAUCUACCCUCAGCGAUCGUUACAAAGUGUUCAUUGACUUAUUUAACCUGAGCACAUUCCUGCUGCCUCGAGACUCCAUCCCUACGCUGACGCGGCACAUGAAGCAUCGUUUGAGCGUCCAUGAAACUCAUGCCCAGAAGGGCAGGACAUCAGCAGCCAGAGGACUCACUGAAGAGGAGGAGGACUUCUCGCUGGACGACUCCGAUGACCUUCCUGAUGAUGCCGACAGUCCCAAGAAGCUGGAAGACGUUCCAUGCCGAGACGCGCCAGCUGUGGUUGGGACCCUUGACAGUGAAGCCAGUGGUAGUGUUGUCGCCAACGGUCCUGAAACUUCUACUGAAAAAUGACCCCUGAUGAUAAGCCAGUGAUAUGUGGUAUCUUAAAUAUUUUUCGAGACCUGUUUUUAUUUAGUAAAUUUGCUGUUAUAACGACAAACAUCUUAUGACUCAUAUUCAGGUCUGUUUUAUAAGCUAAAUUAAUUUCUCUCAUUCUAGCGACUUCGAAACAUGUUGUUGGUAGAAAUCUUGCCACGAGAAAAAAUUCCGUAUGUUUUGGAGUCGUCAAUUUUGGAAUCAGGCAGGAUCACGCACCAUCCUAGCCCUGAUGCGUCAUUUCUUCAGGCCUUACAGUGACCAUAUGUGUGAGAUAUCGCAGUUCAUGCAAUAAUAACAAAAAAUUUAAUAAGUUAAAUUAGCCACUGUGGUACGUUUUUUUAAGGGCGUCCUAGGAUGUUGUGAAGGUUCCAUUAGACCUCGGUUGUCACUGACCAGUGUCACAAGCAGAGAUGUAAGAUAAUAGGGAGAUUGGGUGUCAUGUAUGUGUUUCAAUUAAAUAUUAUUAAGGCACAUGAAUCAACGCGAGGUUAGCUCACCGUGGCUCUCUAUCACAUGCAAGGCAUCUAGAAACAAACGCAUUUUUUUCGCUAACUAGGUUCUCUAGCUGUUUUCCUACUACUUAAAAAAAUUGUUUUUAUAAUAGCAAGUGCACGAGAAAUUCUACCAGACAAACGAUCCUUCUCAAUUUUUGUGCCUAUUAUUAAUUAUUAAAAUAAUUCGUCUCUUCCUAAAAUUUUUUUAGAAUUAGAGAGUUCAGCCCUCUCAGAUUAAAACCAUAGUGGUUUUCGACUCAUCUAUAUUACUGUUUCGUUUAUACACAAACAGUCAUAGGAGUAAUCAAUCUUUCUUGUCACCUUCACAUUUUUAAUUCAAAUAUCUUUCGGUACGCUUUUGUAAUUUUUGUGCCUACUCAAUUGUCUGAGCACAUUCUCGUUUGAUUUGAAAGCUCUCGCUUUCGCCUGAAUUAUGCAUUUACCGUCAAGUAGAAACUGUCACUGCCAAUGUCGCCACUGUCGUGGCAAAUAAUUUCGACAUAUUAGUUCAAAUAGGUUGGUUAUUAACAGGUUACUAUAUUUUAUUAUAUUUGUUUGACGCAUAAUCGUGCAUAUUACGAAUUUCUCUAACGCGUGGCACGUGCAUCAAUAAUGGUCUGUCCGCACCAUUUUCAUAGCCCUCAGUAUUCCACGCUCACAGCCACCAUCGAGGAAAUUUUAGAUGGCGAAGUGGUUACAGUUCAGAGUACCGAGUUUGCAGGAUUGAGUUAGGGAUUCGAUCCCAAUACCUGCGACAGUUCUGGUUAAAAUCCACGUGGUAGCCGGGCGGUUAUGCACCGCAAAAUUAGAGCAGUGAGUUGCAUGUGCGAGACCCGCCACCACAAGCUGUAAAAAUAUUUCGAUUUUUUGAAUCUAUUAAAGGUCAAAGUUGACACCGCUAUUAUUAGUACUACGAGGGCUCAAACCUCACCUCUCAAGAAUAUUUUGAGUUCUUUCUGUAUUCAUCGGUUUUAAGUUUGUAUCCCAGAUAAUUUACUCAUAUUCCCUUUGAGAUAUUGAACCCGUAUGAUUUAAAAUUCACCAUAUAAAUUCUCUAUAUUUCUUUACGGUAUUCGUGCUUUUGUUUUUGAUUACAGUAUUUGGCUCCAAACUUCCGUGACGAAGCUUCUCAGUAUAAAACUUAUCGGUGG